GAUUGGCUAGAUCACGGCGUGCGGCGGCCGAGAUGCAGCUGCCGUUCUGGUCAGGUUGGAGGGUUUAUCUGGCAGCCGAACGCUAGUCGUUUCUCUGGUCAAUGCGUGGACGAAAAUCCUUGUGCUCCUGGAUACGCAGGAGGUCGCAUGAUCGCUUCUAAUGCACACCACGGAAAGCUUUCCGGUUCCACCCAAGUGCGAAUGCUUGGCAAGUGCGAGCGCGUGGUGUGCCCACUCCAUGCCGACAUCGAUGAGUCCGGCUUGUGCCGCUGUCAGCCACCGUACAACGGAAGCCAGAUCAUCUGGGAUGCAGAGCUGCUGAUGUACUCUGGGGAGUGCUCACCCUACUUUCAUUGUCCUCCUCGCACUGUCUAUCGCAAGGUGGAUUUGAGUGUCGUGAACAAACGGCUCGCCUGCGUCUGCCGCGAUGGCUACGCUGGUGGUCACAUGUCUUGGGAUGCGUGGGGACAUCGCGUUUGGCAUGGCGAUUGCCAAGUGGUUGCUUGUCCAUUGGGUGCGCAAAGACAUGGGGAUGGUCUGUGUCACUGUCGCAAUGGUUCAUUGACAUGGGACGCAUUACGAGGCAAGUACGAAGGCCUCUGUGCGCAGGAGCGCAGGCAGAAGCAUGAGCCGUGGAGGCCCCAGCGACCGACCCGGUUGAUACGGCACCGGGGAACCGGCAAGGACGGCCAAGCCCAGACUGAGCACCAGCAACCACCGACGGCAAUUCCAAGGCAGAACCCCAAUCAAUCCAAUCAUCAUUCAAGCAAUGACACACACGAGUCAGCAGUGGCACACCCAGCUGCAAAUCCUGGGACGGCCAACUCUGAGAAGGACACUCCCGUGAAGCCGAGCUCACGCGCCGUGAAGUUCGCUCAUAAGGUCCCCACAGAGGGAGCAGCAGUCUUCUUUCACGCCUUCUGGCACCCAAUCAGAACCUUUGCCGAGCCUAUUCUGCGGUUCGUCUGA